AUGUCGUCUUCAUCACAAGGGGGUGCUCCCUCUGACACCCCCUCAACUUCCACCCAAGCCGACUCUCACAACCCCCAGCAAAAACCCUCCUUCAACGCCGGCUCCUACUUCUCCUACCCAGUCAGUCACGUCGUCUCCGGCUUGUAUCGACGCCUGACAGAUCCAAACAUCGCCGCCCCCGACUCCUCCGUCAUGCCGUGGUCCUUCUCAUCCUCCUCCUCGGAGGUCUACACCCCGCGCCGAACAGCUUCACCCUUCCAACCGCCACCUCUCACACCUCUAGCCCUAACCAUUCCCAGAGGCGAGGAUCUCCUGCAGCAACAACUCCUCACCCGCUCCCUCGCCGAAGAAAUCCGUCUCCUCGUCCCCGCCCGCCUACAACUAGUCGAGAACUGGCGUCUCGCCUACAGUCUCGACCGCGACGGCGCCGCCCUAUCCACCCUCUACGACAACUGCGAGCAAUUCUCCCACCGCAGCCCGCGGGCAGGCUACGUCCUAGUGAUACGCGACUCCUCCCCAAGCGGCGGAGUCUUCGGCGCUUACAUGACCGACGCACCGCAUCCAGACUCACAAUUCUUCGGCACGGGCGAGUGUUUCCUCUGGCGCGCGAGCGUGCUCCCACCCCCGAUCAGCCUAGGCCUGGCAUUCUCCAGCGACGGGCCCCAAUCAGAAGAAGCGCUCGAACGCGCCGGUCUACCGCCCCCUCCGUCCGCGGACACAACUCACGCUGGACGAUGGAGUACGUUCCGCGGCGACUCGAAAUCGAAGAAGGCGACGACCGAGUCGCCCGCUCACAAUCUUAAUAUGAAUAUUAAAACGAAUCUCGCUGCUGCGAGUGGUGGGGCCCUGGCGCCGCCCUCGCCUUCGUCGACUGCUACCCCGUCGCGGAGUGGCGCGAGUACUCCCGAGCGUAUUCGGUUCAAGGCUUUCCCGUAUAGUGGUGUUAAUGAUUAUAUGAUGUUUUGCGAAACGGGAUUCCUCAGCUUGGGAGGCGGGGAUGGUCAUUAUGGGCUGUGGGUCGACGCUGGCCUUGAGAAGGGCGUCAGCGCCUCUUCGCAGACUUUUGGAAAUGAACCUCUUUCCGAUGAGGGUGUUAAGUUUGAUAUUCUCGGCGUCGAAGUAUGGUAUGUCGGCUCGUGA